ACACUAUUAUUUCUUAUUUUUAUCUAGUUCCAUUUUUUUAAGGUCUAUAACUAAUUUCAUAUUCUGUUUUUUUUUUUUUAGAAAAAGAGGGCUAAAGCCCAUCUAAUUUCAUAUUCUAUCAUAUAUCUAUCUUAUCUUUUGCAUCAAACUAUAAACUCUAUAAGUAUAUAUAGACACACAAUAUAUGAAUCAUAUACAUGAUGCAUUAAAGCAAGGUGUAGCCGCUGAUUUGGUCAAGAAAAGGAAGCCUACAAAUUGACAUUUGUAGGUAAUUGAGUCUUUGAAGAUAAUAGCAAAGAGAAACAGAACAGUGAAUAAGGAAUCUGAAUUGAUAACUAUGGCAGAAAAUGAAAUUUAUACACAAGAUGGAACCAUUAACAUAAAGAAAAAACCUGCCAACAAGAUAAAGACUGGAAAUUGGAAAGCUUGCUGGUUCAUUCUUGGAAUGGAAUGUUGUGAAAGAUUGGCAUACUAUGGUAUGAGUACAAACUUGGUGAACUAUCUUGGGGAACGUUUCAAUCAGGGAAAUGCAGAAGCUGCUAAAAGUGUCACAACUUGGUCAGGAACAUGCUACAUCACACCAUUGCUUGGAGCUUUUUUAGCUGAUUCAUACUUGGGAAGAUAUUGGACAAUUGCUAGUUUCUCUAUUAUCUAUGUCAUUGGAAUGGGACUUUUAACAUUGUCUGCUUCAGCACAUGGACUUAAGCCAUCAUGUGAUGCUAACGGCUGCCAUCCAACAUCGGCGCAAACUGCAGCAUGCUACAUAGCCCUCUAUUUGAUUGCUCUUGGUACCGGCGGUAUCAAACCAUGUGUGUCAUCUUUUGGUGCAGACCAAUUUGAUGAAACAGAUGAGAAAGAGAGAAAAAAGAAGAGUUCUUUCUUCAACUGGUUUUACUUCUCAAUUAACAUUGGUGCGCUCAUUGCAUCAUCGGUGUUAGUUUGGAUACAGAUGAAUGUAGGAUGGGAAUGGGGCUUUGGAGUACCUGCAGUUGCAAUGGUCCUUGCACUUGUAUUUUUCUUCGGUGGUAGUCCUCUAUAUAGGCUUCAAAUACCUGGAGGAAGCCCUCUUACAAGGAUUUGCCAAGUCUUAGUUGCAGCCUGUAGGAAAUUAAAGCUUCAAGUGCCUGCUGAUAACUCUCUUCUUCAUGAGACUAUCGAUGUUGAAUCUGUCAUCAAAGGAAGCCGCAAACUUGAUCAUACAAACAACUUAAGGUGUUUGGAUAAGGCAGCCAUAGAGACACAAUCUGACCGAAUGAAAGGUUUAACAAAUCCAUGGAGGCUUUGUACAAUAACACAAGUCGAAGAACUUAAAUCCAUAAUCUGCUUACUUCCAGUUUGGGCAACACUGAUAGCCUUUGCAACUGUAUACAGUCAAAUGAACACAAUGUUUGUUCUACAAGGCAACACAAUGGAUCAACACAUUGGCCCUAAAUUCCAAAUCCCAUCAGCUUCCCUCUCCCUAUUCGACACACUAAGCGUCAUCUUCUGGGCUCCCGUUUACGACCGCAUCAUUGUCCCAUUAGCAAGACGGUUCACCGGCCAUGAACAAGGAUUCACACAGCUCCAAAGAAUGGGAAUAGGCCUAGUCAUUUCAAUUUUCUCAAUGAUCACUGCCGGCAUUCUAGAAGUCUUCCGCCUCGACAUGAUUCGCAAAAACAAUUACUAUGAUCUCAAGACUAUCCCUAUGUCAAUUUUCUGGCAAGUACCUCAAUAUUUUCUUGUUGGAUGUGCUGAAGUUUUUACCAACAUUGGUCUAUUAGAGUUCUUCUAUGGUCAAGCACCUGAUGCAAUGAGAAGCUUAGGAGUUGCUCUCUCACUCACAACUAUGGCAUUGGGAAAUUACAUUAGUACUUUACUUGUUACUAUAGUAACAAAAGUUACCACAAGACAUGGAAAUCUUGGUUGGAUACCAGAUAAUCUGAAUAGAGGCCAUCUUGAUUACUUUUACUGGCUUUUGUCUGUUCUUAGCUUUCUCAACUUCCUUGUGUAUCUAUGGAUUGCAAAGAGGUACAAGUAUAAGAAGGUGGUUGGAAAUGCUUACUGAGAAUAAUGGCUUGAGACAUUAAGAUAACAUAGUUCUAUUGAUUAAGGUUUAGUUUUUUAUUUGAUUGGUUUUUGUUCUGAUAUUUGCAUAAUUUUUUAUACAUUUAUAUGUAUAUAUAGAUGUUAUUUGGAGUUGUUGGUAAAUUAAAAGACUAUUCUGAAUUUCUGAUGUUGGUUUUUUGGAAUUUCCUCAAAUUUAUAUUUAUAGUUAAAGAGUUGAUUCA